CCGGUCUGGGUGCCACCUCUCCCUGCUUGGGCGCCGCGCGCGAGCGCUUCCCUUCCCCCUGCGAGCGCCCGGAUAAUGUCUGAGAAUGUCCAUUUCUGGGACGCUUAGCAGCUAUUAUGUCGACUCGAUCAUAAGUCACGAGAGUGAGGACGCGCCUCCAGCCAAGUUUCCUUCCGGCCAGUACGCGAGCCCCCGGCAGCCGGGCCACGCGGAGCACCUGGAGUUUCCCUCGUGCAGCUUCCAGCCCAAAGCGCCGGUGUUCGGCGCCUCCUGGGCGCCGCUGAGCCCGCACGCGUCCGGAAGCCUGCCGUCCGUCUACCACCCCUACAUCCAGCCCCAGGGCGUCCCGCCGGCCGAGAGCAGGUACCUCCGCACCUGGCUGGAGCCGGCGCCGCGCGGCGAAGCUGCUCCGGGGCAGGGCCAGGCGGCGGUGAAGGCGGAGCCGCUGCUGGGCGCGCCUGGGGAGCUGCUCAAGCAGGGCACGCCCGAGUACAGUUUGGAAACUUCGGCCGGCAGGGAGGCCGUCCUGUCUAAUCAAAGACCCGGCUACGGGGACAAUAAAAUUUGCGAAGGAAGCGAGGACAAAGAGAGGCCGGAUCAAACCAACCCCUCCGCCAACUGGCUGCACGCUCGCUCUUCCCGGAAAAAGCGCUGUCCCUACACCAAAUACCAGACGCUGGAGCUAGAGAAGGAGUUUCUGUUCAAUAUGUACCUCACCAGGGACCGUAGGCACGAAGUGGCCAGACUCCUCAAUCUGAGUGAGAGACAAGUCAAAAUCUGGUUUCAGAACCGGCGGAUGAAAAUGAAGAAAAUGAAUAAGGAACAGGGCAAAGAGUAAAGAUCCCCCCUCAAGCCCUCCCCAGCCCUUCCCCAUCUCACGCUUAUUUAUAAGUGAUGGCUGCAAAGCCAGUGCUGUCUGGGGUGUAUUCAAGUGAAUGGGGAAGGGAGUCUUUCUCUUCAAAGUCCUUUUCUGCAUCUAGAGCCUCACUCCUUUCCUUUGCUCUUACCCAUCCUUCUCUUCUCCCUGGGCCUCAGGAGGAAGUUUGAUUGAUUUAGAAGGUAGAUGUAGUUGGUUCCUAAGAAAGUGAUGGGCCAUAAGGAAAGAGAGCCCCUAGUAGAGUCCCCAGAAUUCCUCCUGUUUUUUCUGGAAAGCCCCAGCCCCUCACUUCCAGCCUGCCCGGUCUCCCCCACCCCCCACCACCGCACCUAUCCCAGAGUCACCCAGGGACACUCCAACUGCACACAGCCCAGCAGAUACCCGCAUGCCUAAAGCCCAGAGCCCUCCGUACUAGUGGGGAAAGCUCACAGUCAACACUCAAAUCAAGUGACACCUCAAAUACAGACCAUCACACCCCCAAAUCUGGCAGAGCAGCCCACACACCGUCAGACAAGUCCAGGCUCUAUCUCUGAUGCAAUACACACCGAAAACGGGUCUGGAGACACACUCCUGAAUGAGGCGCUGCAGCUCAAAAAGGCUCAGCAUGUCUCACCACCAUCCCCAUGGAAUCCUUAACUGUACUCAGCCACAGACUCAAGGGCAAAUGGGGUAAACUCAGCUCCCAAACUGGUGGGCCAGAAAGGGCGAGGAAAGGCAGCGGUGGUCUUAUAAGAGUCUCCUAGGUUUUACGGUGGUAUUCCACAUACACACAUUUUGCUGCAGGAAAUGUUUAAUUCUGCAUGUUGUUUUCCUCUCCUUCCAACAAAAGGAGGUCAAAUCGUGGGUCGUGAGCCUUGACAAUGUCGUCCUCCCGUUCAUCUGUGCCCCGCUUGACAGAGACUGUAGCUUCUCUUGCUCCACACCGGCCCUGAAUUCUUCCGCAUCCUCCCCAGCUCUGAAAUCAACUCUUCGGCCAAUCCACCUUGCACCAGCGAGUCAAGCCGCCCCCGUAGCAACCCCCCUCCGCCCUCCAUCCCCUGCUAGCUCUACCCCUCCAUAGGCAGGAAAGCCUGGUCAAGAGAACCCAAUGGAGAAUUUAUUGUGAAUUGAUUCCCGGCUCCUUUCCAAAGGCAAGUUAUGGAGAACAGGGAGGAGCGAAGGCUCCCUGGCACGCAGAGCUUGACAACGUUCCUCCCGUCCUGCUCAGUCCAACCCAUGCGGAGGAGCCCCCGGGCCUGGCAGCUGCUACCCCAGCACAGAAGCGCAGAAACCAGCCCCAGGGCCGGGCUUUACCUGCGGAGUCUCGGGCCUGGAUGGCGAUCUGUGCGGCUGCUGCGCGCACGCUUCUGGGGAACAGUCCCGCGUGCUAAGGAAAGAGGCAAAAUCGCACCUAAGCAUUAGGCCGGAGUUUAUGCUCAGCUUCUCCCCCACCCCUACCCCA